CAAAAAUCGAAUGACAAAAUAUAUGGAGUAUUACCCUAUAUCGCUCCAGAAGUCUUGAAUGGAGAAUUAUAUACUUUAGCUUCUGACAUUUACAGUUUUGGUGUAAUUAUGGCUGAAUUAUCAUCUGGAAACCCUCCCUUUUAUGACAGAAAACAUGAUGUGACUUUAGCCUUAGAUAUUUGUAAUGGACUUCGUCCAGAAUUUGGAAAAGGAACCCCUGAAUUUUAUAAGAAGUUAGCUUAUAGGUGUAUGAAUGCAAAUCCAAAUCAACGACCAACAGCCGAUGAAUUAUAUAGUAUAUUAGAUUUUUGGGAUAAUUCUAUUAGAUAUGAUUUUUCAGUAAAGUAG